AUGGAGGCCGGGCUGGUGAGGCUGCUCCACGACGUGGGGCAGGCGCUGACCACCGCCUUCGUCGUCCGGGCCUCGGUGGCCGACUGCCCGGACUGCUGGUGCAGUCCGGCCUUGCACUGCCCGGCGCUGCAGUGCACGUGCCCCAGCGGCGAGGGCACCCUGGCGGCCGUCGCCACCCCGGGGUGCCCCGGGGCCCAGCUGGCCUGGGUGGCUGGCCUCUCGCUCCUCCUGGGCGCCGUGCUCGGGGCCGCAGCCGUCUCGUGGGCCUUGCGGCCUCGCCCGAGAGCGCUUGCAGCGCCCGCCGCGGCGCCCGUGGAGGUGGACAGUGCGCCGGCGGGCGGCGACCUCGCGCACCUCGCGCUGGAGCAGGCCAAGGCCUUCCGCAGGACGCCGGGUCGACUGGACAUAUUUCGUUCGGGGUACGUGAUGACCCCGGACUUCGACGACUACGGCGAGACCACGAAUCCAGACGCGGACGUGAUGGAGGUCCACUUCGUGCACGGGCAGGGCGGCAGGGCUGGAGGCAUCCCAGAGAACCGGGUCUACAGGUUCCGCCGCCUGCCCACGGCGGCCGAGAUCUGGAGCGCCCUCCGCCGCGGGGCAGCGCUGGGGUACGGGCCGCUGCCCGACGGGCCCUUCCUCCUCACGCUGUCCGCGGUGAACUGUGCAGGCGCGCCGGCGGGCAGCAUGCCGCUGGCGGACCCGUCGAUCGUGGUCCCCCCGCUGGUCGGCGUGGCCGGAGCGUGCCCCGCGGCAGCGGCCCCGGGCGAGCUGGCGCUUCCUGGGGCGGCCCCGCCAGCCCCACCGGCGGCCGCGGCCGCGCCGGCGCCGGCAGCCGCGGCCCCAGCCGUCGUGGCCCCCGCCCCCGGGGCGGCCGCUGCUCCAGCGGGUCGGGCGCCGGCGGUGCCAGACACCGUGGCGGUUGCGCCGCAGCCGAGCGGGGAGCCCGCACCAGGCUGGCACUGGGUGGCCGCCGAGGACGUCGACGGCGCCGUGUCGUUCGGCACGAGGGUGGCCGUCGGGGUGCCGGGCGGAGCGACCCUCGUGGGCCGCGCGGGGCGCCGCGGGCUUCUCACGCUCGCCGGCGGCGCCGGAGCCAGCGCGGUGCUGCUGCAGGACAGCGAGAUCCCGUGGUUCAUGCAGGAGUACCGCGGGAGCGACGCGCGCACGCUCGAGAUCCCGCCGGGAGCCGGGCAACCAGGCGGCAGCUCUCGGGAGUGGCGCGAGGUGGUGCAGCUCUGCCGCGAGGAAGCCGUCCCGGGGUUCGCCGUCGCCCCGCCGAGGACGGCGCAGUGGUGUGCCAAGUACCAGGUGAAGGAGGGGGGCCCGGUCCUCCAUCAUGAGAUGUGGAAGUCAAAGCGCAAGCUGAACCCGACCGACUUCGGGGUGGACAUGCACGAGACACUCUCCAAGAUGAUCGAGGCCAUGGGCUCGGCCGAUCACCUGGACGUCUACAACUUGGCGAGCGCGGAGCUCGGCUACAGGAAGCUCCAGCUCAUCGAGCACUACUGGGACGACAGGAGCGCGGAGCAGCAGCAGCACAACAUGCGGAUGCCCCUGGAGGAGGCAUUCGCGUUCAUGGGAGGCUCGAGGUCUCCCUCGAUGGUGUGCCCCGAGCUGCUCGAUUCGGUGUCGAAGGAGCUGGAGCGGAUCCACAGCAUCAAGAAGAACGCGAGGAAGCUGAGGGGGGAGCAGAAGGCCAACAAGGGCGGCCGGGACGCUCCUCCCCCGAAGUCACGAUGCUGGGCCCGCCCCCGGGACUGCCUCGACCCGGGGGUGAUGCAGAAGAGGUGGUGGGCGGAGGGUGAGCUCGUGGCCGAGCUAGUAGUGGCGCUCAACCAGCUGGAUGCCGGCUCUGAUGACCCGCCGCGCCGUGCUGGCCAGGAGCCCAACAGGAUGCAGCAACUUUGCCUGGAGCAUCUCGCCGAAAGCUGUGCGGCGAUGGGCUCCAUUCCUCCAGACUUGUCGACCGAGGUGGCCCUCCAGGAGCUCCAGGUUGGCGCCGGCUACUCCGACGGCGAGCCCGUCACGGUGGCCCCCUUCGCGCACGACCUCGUGUCUCUGCCAGCUGUGGGCGGUACGCCUGUGCCCCUGAGUCAGCUGUUGGGAGCCGACGGUCCAGACAUCGUGCGAAGGUUCAUCACUUCGAAGGUUUUGCCAAUUCAAAGCGCCGAGAUUUUUAAGGAGGAGGCUGGCUUCGCGCGCCCUUACCUGGAUCCAGUGCUGCGGCAGCCCGCGGCCUACCUGUCCUUCGUCGAGAGGAUGAGGGACGGGGGCAUGCUGGAGUUCAGGGUCGAUGAGGGCAAUUUUGAGGAAGUCGGUCUAUUCACCGUUUGGAAGAAGGAUGGUCGCCAGCGCCUGGUGAUUGAUUGCAGGGGCAGCAACUUCGGGUUCGCGGAGCCCGACAAGACCAGCCUGGCGUCGGGGGGCAGCUUCAGCUCCAUCGAGCUGGCGCCGGGCGAGGUGCUGUGGACGGCGGGAGUCGACAUAGCGGACGCCUUCUACAACAUGGGCCUGCCGCCGGACGGGGCCUACACAGCCUAUGUUGACAAUUUCAUUUCCUUUGGUGUGGAUCCUGACAGGCCUGCGGCCCUCCUGAGGGUUGCUGGCCACUUCGCGUUCAUUGCUAUGUCGAGGCGCCCGCUCUUGGCCGUAUUUAGUUAUGUGUAUGCCUUCUCGAGGAAGUACUUCGAUCGGGUGAUGAAGCUGCCGCCGUCUGUCCGCCGUGAGCUUCGUUGGGCCGCCUCCCUGAUCCCCCUCGCCUGGGCUGAUCUCUGGGCCACCUGGUCUCCCAGGGUCUACGCGAGCGACGCUAGCGAGGAGGGGAGGGGCGUGUGCCAGAAGGAGGCCGACCUGGGAGCCAUUCGUGGUGCUGGGAGGUACGGGGAGAGGUGGCGAUUUCGACGAGCAACUGCUUCGCGACCUCGCGACUGCCUCUUCGAGCAGAGCGACCCGCCGACCGCCGACACCGCGAAGGUCGAGCCGAUCGCCGAUUUCGUCGUGUCGCCGGAGGUGGAGCACGUCGUGUCGCCGGAGGAGGCGGUGGAGGAUCCUGAGGGUAACUUGUGGAAGGUCCCGGAGGUGGAGGAAAAACUGUACGGGGGGAGGUGGCAGGUCGUGUCGAGCGGAGGGUGGGCCCGGUCCGAGAAGAUCAUCGUCCUCGAAGGUCGGGCGCUCGUUCACUCUCUUAGGCACGCACUUCGCGACUCGAAGUCUUUCGGUAAGCGUAUCCUCUUCCUUUGCGAUAACAUGGGGCUCGUGUGUGCUAUGGAGAAGGGCCGCUCCUCAGCCGGGGGAGUCCUCCGCGUCGCCCGGCAAUGGGCCGCCUGGUGCCUGGCGGGCGCGGUGCAGGCCUCGGUGCGCUGGAUUCCGUCUGAGCGGAACGUCGCCGAUGCGCCGUCGCGCCGCCGCAUCCCCCUCGGGGUUUGGCUCGACAGCGGCACGGCGGACACUGCCGAGGGCAUCGAGCAGUGGGCCGUCCGGGACGCCGGGCGCAGCAGCCAGCAGGCCGACUGCCGCAGCGCCGGCCUCGAGCUCGCCGAGCUGGCCGUCCGCGAGCCUGCCGUCGGCGUUCUUCGGGGCGCCCGCCGGCCCGCGCGCCCUGCGGCGAGGCGGUCCGCUGGCGGGGCGGCCUCAGCCUCGGAGGGGGCGGCACCUGAGUGCAGUCGCGGCCCAGUCGCGCCAGGCCUUGGAUCGCUGCUGCAGCGGGCGUCGGUGACUCCGAAGACCGUGGCCCAGUACGACGCGCUGUGGCAGGACAUCCUUCGCAUGUGGCUGCGGUUGCGUCCGGUGGGCUCCCUGCAGGCGGAGCCGGGCGACGACGAGACGGACUUCGUGGUCGCCAGCUGGAUGGACCAGGAGUACACGUUCGGGGAGCUGGCGCAGAGGGGCACCAAGGGGCUAGCGGCGGUGAAGUACUUCCGGCCGCAGUUCGCAAAGUCGGGAGGGCUCUCCCUUCCGCGCUCGGCGCAGGCCUUGAAAGGCUGGAAGCGGCUCGCCCCUGGGCGGGCGCGGCUGCCGCUGCCGUGGGAGGUCGUCGCGCUGAUCGCGCUGGAGCUGCUGCUGACCGGCUACUGGGCGAUGGCGGCGUGGACGAUCAUCACCUUCCACUGCUACCUGCGCCCCAGCGAGCUGCAGCGGGUUACCGCCGAGAUGCUCGCGCCGCCUGUGCCAGGGACCCACGUGGGGAACUGGGCGAUCGUGCUGCACCCGAGCGAGGAGGAGAUCAGCAGCAAGACAAGGGAGUUCGACGAGACCGUGGUGUUCGAUCUGCCGCUGUUCCGCUUCCUUGUGCCCGUGCUCGCCUACCUCAAGAGGGAGACGCCGGCCAGGGCCCUGGAGCCAACGCUAGAUUUAUCAAUGGAGGCAGGCUGCAGCCGCCGGCGCAAGCAGUUCUCCGCUGUCUUCGCGGUGAAGAUCAGGAACGGGAGUUUCUCGGCGACGCCCGCGGGCUCGGCCGCCCCGCGCUCGGGCGGGGCGCCUUCCGGCGCUCGCCCCUUCGCUCGACAGUUCGCUGCCGUGUUCGCGUUUGGGUCCAGGCGCGCGCGCGCGGGCGGCGCGGCCCCGCCUCGCCAGGCCGGCGCAGCCCACGAUAGCCAUGGCGGACCAGCCCGAGACAAACAGGCGAGCCGCAUCGCAGCGCAGGCGAGCGGCAUCUCCGCGGCGCGACGGAUCAACGAGCAGCGGGGCAUCAUCGAGGCGACGGCGAGCAGCAUAUCCAGCCAGGCGCGACGGAUCAUCAAGCAGGUGGCCGUCUCUCACGGCGACGCCGGCAUCUCCGACCAGGCUGCCCUGCACCUCUUCUGCAUGGUGUCGGCGGUGAAGAUGGCCCGCUCCGCCAUGGAGCUAGGCUCUCCGGAGAGGGAAAGCGGCUGGGAGGGCCCUUCCAUCAAGGAGACCGUAGCCAUGGCGGCGGGCGUCAGCGUAGAGGGUGCGGCAAGCGCGAGCUGA